CUCCCCCGCUAGCUCUAUAUAUCACCUCACAGACCUCUUUAUUAAUUGUCACUUCUCCAUCAUAUAUUCUCUUUCAACACAAGUUUUGUUCUCUUAUGCCGCAAAAUCAUGAUGUUUAGUUAUUGCAGGAUGUAUGUUCUUCCGGGUUGAUGAUGAUAUCGCUGCAAAAGUUAUCCAAGGCGCGGUUGUGAUAAAGAGCUUUUCGCGGUGGUGACAGAAAAUGAAGUUUUGAUCGAUUCGCAGAGUGUUCCAAGUUUUUAUAUACUUUUGAAGCUUGGCUUGUUAUUAGUGGAUUCUCAGUUUGUUCUCUAUAUGUUCAUGAUAUAGAGAUCUUUCUUCAGCUAAAGAUGGCUGAAAAUACAGCAAAAACAAGCAGAUUGUUAUUGCUUUUGUUCAUCUUCUUCUUCUUCUUCUUCAGUUCAUGCAGAUGCAGUGGCAAUGAAGUUGAGCUUCUAUUAUCCAUCAAAAGUUCAUUGCAUGAUCCUCUACAGACCCUCUUUAAUUGGAAUCUUUCUCUUUCUUUUUGUCAAUGGAGGGGUGUAGUUUGUGACAGUUCGUCUCAUGUUUCCAAAAUUGAGCUCUCUGGAAAGAACUUCUCCGGAGAACUGCCGGAAUCUUUUUUCCGUUUCCCACAUAUUGAAGCUCUUGAUCUUUCAAACAAUCAGCUCUCCAGCGAGAUUCCGAUCAGCAUUUCUUCUUGCUUGUCCCUUCGAUAUCUCAAUCUCAGCAACAACAAUUUCACCGGGAAAAUUCCUGAAGGUUGGACUAAUCCGAAGCUUCAAGUGUUGGAUCUAUCAAACAACAUGCUUUCCGGGAAAAUUCCUGACGGGAUUGGAGGGCUUAUGGGGCUUAGAUUUCUUGAUCUGGGUGGGAAUCUUUUGGUGGGAAGAAUUCCAAAGUCUAUAUCAAAUAUGACAAAUUUGCAGUUCUUGACUUUGGCUUCAAACGGAUUAACCGGCGAAAUUCCUCGAGAAUUAGGGCUUCUGAAGAGCUUGAAGUGGAUUUACUUUGGAUAUAACAAUCUCUCCGGCGAAAUUCCGAAUCAGAUUGGAGAACUGAAUUUAUUGAAUCAUCUUGAUCUCGUCAACAACAAUCUCACUGGUGAAAUUCCUUCCUCUUUUGGAAAUCUGACCAAUCUUCAGUACCUUUUUCUAUACCUAAACAAGCUUUCUGGUCCGAUUCCUCGUUCCAUAUUUGGCCUGAAAAGAUUAGUAUCGCUUGAUUUUAGUGAUAAUUUUCUAUCAGGCGAAGUUCCAGAACUCAUAAUCAAAUUGGAAAACCUAGAAAUUCUCCACCUUUUCUCCAACAAUUUCACCGGAAAAAUCCCAAAUGCCCUAUCCUAUUUGCCUCACCUUCAGGUCCUUCAGUUGUGGUCCAACAGUUUUUCCGGCGAGAUACCGCAAAAUCUCGGGAAGCAAAACAAUCUCACUGUUCUGGACCUUUCCACCAAUAACCUCACCGGAAAAAUUCCCGAUAGCCUCUGUGAGUCCGGCCUGCUCUUUAAGCUCAUUCUCUUCUCUAACUCUCUCGAAGGUGAAAUUCCAAGGAAUUUGAGUCACUGUAAAAGCUUGAAACGGAUCCGGCUUCACAACAACAAACUCUCUGGCGAAUUAUCGCCCGAAUUUACCAAGCUCCCGCUCGUUUACUUCCUCGAUGUUUCUAGCAACGAGCUCUCUGGCACGAUCAGCCAGAGGAAGUGGGAUAUGCCGGAGCUCCAAAUGCUGAAUUUAGCAAGAAAUAAAUUUUUCGGCUCCUUGCCGGAUUCUUUUGGCAGUGACAAGCUCGAGAACUUGGACUUAUCGGAGAACAUGUUAUCCGGUGGGAUUCCGGCCAGUUUCGGAAAAUUCUCCGAGCUCAUGGAAAUGAAGCUAAGGAAGAACAAACUCUCCGGCGAAAUUCCAGAAGAGUUGGCUUCAUGCAAGAAGCUUGUUAGUUUAGAUCUCAGUCACAAUCAACUCAGUGGCUUAAUUCCUUCUAGUCUCUCCGAAAUGCCGGUUCUUGGCCAGCUUGAUCUCUCCGUGAACCAAUUAACAGGCGAAAUUCCGGAAGAUUUGGGAAAAGUAGAGUCACUGGUUGAAGUAAACGUUUCAUACAAUCGCUUUCACGGCCAUUUGCCGCCUACCGGAGCGUUCCUAGCCAUCAACUCAAGCGCAGUAGCCGGAAAUAGCCUUUGCGGCGGAGACUCCGCAGCCGGUUUGUCGCCGUGCAAAGGCGUGGGGACCCCGGUUUGGUGGCUGUUAAUAACUUGUCUUCUCGUUGUCUUGGCCAUUCUUGUGCUCGCCGCUUUGGUCUUUGCUUUCGUCAAACGAAGAAGCGAUUCGGAGCUCAAGAGGGUGGAGAACGAAGACGGAAUCCUCGAACUGCAGUUCUUCGAUUCCAAGGUUUCAAAAAAAAUAACGGUUAAUGAUAUCUUGUCUUCAAUGAAAGAUGAAAACGUGAUUUCAAGAGGCAGAAGCGGCGUUUCUUACAAAGGCAAGUCGUCCAAUAUGAACAGAAUCCAAUUCACGGUGAAGGAGAUGAAUCAGAUCAAUUCGUUUCCGGCCAGAUUCUGGACUGGAAUGGCGGAAUUGGGUAAGCUUCGUCAUCCAAACAUCGCCAAGAUCAUCGCCAUGAGCCGGUCGGAAAAGAGCGGCCUUUUAGUCUACGAGUACAUAGAAGGGAAGAGUUUGAGGGAAGUUCUUGGAGGCCUGAGUUGGCAACGCCGGCUGAAAAUCGCCAUCGGAAUUGCCAAAGCCGUCAGAUAUUUGCAUUCUCGUUCGCCGGCAAUGCCGGCCGGUGACUUGUCACCGGAAAAAAUUGUCAUCGAUGGCAGGGACGAGCCUCACCUGAGGUUGAGCCUUCCCGGGACGACAUGGCCGGACACCAAGUUGCAUGUGGCGUCGGGUUACGUUGCCCCAGAGACCAGAGACACCAAGAACAUUUCCGAGAAGAGUGACAUCUACGGACUCGGCCUGAUGCUAAUCGAGUUACUGACCGGGAAAAGCCCCGGCGACAACGAGUUGUUAGGCGAGCAUGAGAGCAUCGUGGAAUGGGCGCGGUACUGCUACUCCGAUUGCCAUCUUGACAUGUGGGUGGAUUCAAGCAUCAAGGGUAGUGCAGUGGAGAAGCAGAAUGAGAUUGUAGCGACCAUGAAUCUUGCUCUGCACUGCACCGCCACCGAUCCGGCUGCGAGGACUUGCUCCGGCGAGGUAGUCAAAACCCUAGUUUCCUUUACCAGAUCAAGGUCAUGUGUUUUAGGCCUUUAAUUAGGGUUCUUCUAGCUAUAGCUACUAUAUAUAUAUAUAUAUAUAUUUUCUAGUUUUGGGUUUUUCAGAUGACAUGAUUUUGUUCAGCUUUUCUUUCUUUUUUUUCCCUUCUAUAUUUUCCUUUUUUUUAUUUCUUAACAUAAGGUAUCAAUUGAGUGUUACUCAAAUGUUCUGUUAAUGUUUUGACGACAUAUAUACUAGUGAGUGUAAAAAUGUAGAUAUAGAGUGAAAUGCCAAUAUCAUAUAUAUGAGUUAUUACAACUUCUCUCUAAUCUCA